AUGAUGCGGCGGCGGAUCGCGCUCGUGGCCGCGCUCGUGGCGGUUCUCGUCGCGAGUCUCGCGCCGGAAUGCGCCGCAGCAUCGGCGAUCGCGCCGUCGGCCAUCCACCUGUCCGAGUCCGACUUCGACGAUCGCAUCGCAAUGACGCGGGCGGAUGAGCACUGCCUCUUGGAGUUCUUCGCGCCGUGGUGCCCGCACUGCCAGAACUUCGGCCCCACGUACGAGCGAAUCGCGGCGUUCUACAACAAGGGCGAGAACUGGGCCAACCCCACGGAAGGGCACGAGCGUCCCCAGCCGCACGUCACCGCCAUGUCCGUGGACUGCGUCGCGAACGGGCACCUGUGCGAACACUUCGACGUCCGCGGCUACCCCACCGUGCUCUUCGGACGGUGCGGACAGUUCGCCAGGGAGCACAAGUCGAGGCACAGCGAGAAGAUCGAGAAGAUCGCCGCGAACAGGGACGCGGAGGAGAUGGUGAAGCGGGUGAACGACGCGCUGAACGCGGAGCACGAGCUGCUGCCCCAGGCGGACGAUCAGAAGCCUCCCAUCGAAGACAACGAAGGGGAGAAGAAGGACGUCAAGGUGGAGGAUGAGGCUCCCCACGCCGACCUCGAGGACAUCGAGCACGCCACCGUCCUCGCCUACGAGCAGAUGACCAGCGCCGCCUUGCUUCGACCCACGAACAGGGACCCGUUCGUGUCGUUCGUGAGGCUCAUGGCGGAUGCGCACCCGGUGGCUGUGUGCAAGGAUGGAGCCAAGGCGCUCAUGGACAAGAUCGACAAGACCUGGCCGGAGCGCUCUAAACCGGACAAGGACGCGUUCGACAAGAUCCGAACGCGACUCUCAGUACACAAGGUGUGCGGUGACGGCCACGUCGGUCCUCUCGUGUGGCGGCAGUGCGAGGGGAGCGUCGAGGGGAAGCGUGGGUACACGUGCGGCCUCUGGCUCCUCUUUCACUCGCUCGCCGCGAGGUCGGUGGUACCUUCCUCGCAAAAGAACGACUACGCCGGUGCCACGUGGCUCGCGACCGUCUCGCGAUGGGUCGAGCACUUCUUCCCCUGCGAGGACUGUCGGGUUCACUUCAUUACAAUGGUCAACGCGAAGGACGGCGUCGGGACUGUGGCGACCAAAACCGACGGGGUGCUCUGGUCGUGGCGAGCGCACAACGAGGUGAAUAAACGGCUCGCGGAGCAGGAGAGACGCGGCGAGGCGGUUGGGUCGGGCGAUCCGAAGUUUCCCAAGACCCAGUGGCCCACCCCCGCGCUGUGCCCGGGCUGUCGUAAGGAGGACGGCGAAUGGGACGAGGACGCCACGGCGAAGUUUCUGGUGACCUACUUUCACGGCUUGGGCGCGCCGCGGCCGAGGCGCGGGUCCGACGGUAGGAAGGGCGGGAAAGGGUACGGCACGCCUCGCGUGGGCGCGGGCAAGAGGGGCGACGAGGCGUCAGGCCAGCCCGGGUCCGCGGUCGAGACGGUGGUCGCGUUUGCGCUCUUCGGUGGUGUCGGUUUAUUUGGGUACCGCGCCACCGCCGUUCCGGGCAGCGCGGGGUUCAGGCUUCGUCGGCAGCUGGCUCGGCACCUGCGCGUGAUAUGA